CAGCAUAACCACUCACACUCGUUAAAAAUGGCUAGAGCGAUGCACACAGUCUGGAUUGCUCUCGUACCAACACUAUUUGUUUUUCUCCAAGGAAUAAAUGUGAAGGCAGCAACGUUCGAUAUCACAAACCAGUGCCCCUACACGGUCUGGGCAGCGGCAAGUCCAGGUGGAGGGCGACAGCUGGCAAAAGGGCAGACGUGGACCAUCCAAGUCCCGGCGGGAACAACCGGGGGCAGAGUAUGGGCACGCACGGGCUGUUCUUUCGACAGAAGCGGUCGGGGCACCUGCCAAACCGGUGACUGCAACGGCAUGCUCAGCUGCCAAGGCUACGGCCAGGUGCCAGCGACCCUGGCCGAAUAUGCCCUCAACUAAUACAUGAAUCUUGACUUCUACGACAUCUCUCUCGUCGAUGGCUUCAAUGUGCCUAUUUCCAUGACUCCCACUUCGACAAACCCUAACUGCAAGGGGAGAAUUACAUGUUUGAGCGACAUUAAUUCCAAGUGUCCUUCUGAGCUGAAGGUGAAUGGUGGAUGCAAAAGCGCCUGCGCCAGAUAUAAUACGGCCCAAUACUGCUGCACAGGAGCAUCUGCCAACAACUGUGGUCCAACCAAUUACUCCAAGUUUUUCAAGGGGCAAUGCCCCCAGGCCUACAGUUACGCCAAGGAUGAUGCCACCAGCACCUUUACUUGCCCUAGCGGAACCAACUAUAAAGUUGUCUUCUGCGGCUAACUUUAACUCCCCUUCUUUGCCUUUCCGGAUAUCUAACCCUAAGUAAUAAAUAAUGAGGAAGUAGUAGUAUCUCUGUGCUCCGCAUCAUGCGUUUGAGCUGUUAAAGGUAUUAUCAGAUGUUAAAAUAAUAGAACUGAAUUGUUGUACA